CGACAACGCACUGCUCACCGUUGGGAUCUCCGCUUCAAAGCUCUUAUAUGACCUCCUGGACUCGUCGUCCUCUCCUUUUUCUCUCCUCAUUCUCCGUCAGUCCCCUCCUGCACCCGUUUCUUGGUCACUCCUCUCCUUUGUUCGAGCCCAAACCGCCUGAAGUACCGAUGGUUCCUCCUUUAUAGCCCCUCCUCGAUCCCGCUUCGUCCUGAAGCUUUGCUCCCCGCUCGAUUCUCCCCCGCCAUCCGGUGUCUACAUAAGGGAGCGUUACCAUCAUGGUUCUUGAACGACGAACGUUGUGAAUUGCCUUUCCGUUUUCGUCUCAUCUGGCUGCCCGCUAUCUGCCUCGCUUCGCCUCACGUGCAGCCACCACCCCUGCUCCAGCCACCACCACGAUCUUUCGUCCAAAUCAACCUUGACGUGCAGAAACUUCGGAGAUGUUGAUAAAUGGCGAGAAGUAUGCUUGCGAUGCGUGUAUCCGCGGGCAUCGUGUAAGCAGCUGCCAGCAUCAUGACCGGCCGUUAAGCCACAUCAAUAGAAAAGGUCGACCCGUGUCUCAAUGCCCACACUGUCGCGGUCUACGCAAAAGUCGAACAAGUCAUGUUAGCUGUCAAUGUGGCGAGAAGCCGCAUAGCAAAGGUGACUGCAAGAAUGGGGUAGAAAAAGGAAGCCGCAAGCAGUGCUGUUGUGGCCAUGGUAGCCGGUGUAUUUGCGCCGCCAAACGGGAUUCCAACUUGGCCACCGUCCCAGAAGUUGGCCCUGCCCCAAACCAAAAGUCAACCUUUCAGACCAAACAAGUGCAUAUUUCCGGGGCCAAGAUCGACCCUACAACUGUGUCGCAUCGCACUAAAGUGAAGCAUAAUAAUACCAGCAAGCGUGCCCAUCCGUAUCCAAUGCCCCGAUCGCACACAAUACAUUCUGUAUCGGAGCUUGCCCGUCACUCCGCUGAAACCCUCCCCUUGCCAGAGGAUAUGACAAUAUCACGGAGUGUAGCGGCUCAUCAGGAUUCUAUCACAAGCGCACCCCGUCAUCCCCGACGUGCUAGGUCCGAGCAUGGUUCCCCGGUCCUUGGUCUCACCCGGCUUGAUACACAGGAUCCUCCAUUCGAUAUUCCGUACUCCACGUUCGAUCAAGGAAGCUUGCCAUCCCCAGCCUUUGAUUAUCCGCAGCAAUGGGCAGGACUAUAUUAUCCGGACGCCGACAUUACACUCGAAGCCGCAAGUCUUGGGCCACCAUCUGUUGACUGGUCUACGUUUGACCUUGCGUACGGAUCGGACGCACUCACGGCCACCUACAGCCAACCUCCAUCAUACGCAAGUUUCGACCAUACCAACUUCAGCCACCCAGAGUUAUCCAGGUCAUCAUCUCACGAUACCUCCGAUCCUGAGGAGUUUGCCCCAAGGGGCCUUCCAAUGCAAACUGCCAAACCGGAUUAUCCUGAGAUUCGUACUAUUAGUGACGGUUCAGAAGCGGAAGCCUAUCACCUUAGCGCCUCCCCAUCGCAUCUAGACAUGCCCCAAUCUCACAUCUUAGACCCGAAUCGCCUGGGUUCCCUGGACAUGGACAUGUAUUGGCAACGAGUAAGCGAGGGCUUAAGUCAACCAUCUCCGCUGGCAAACAUUCCUUUGGGUCCAGAAUUGCCAAACUACUCCCUGCCGCAGACAUACCCAGCGCAGCAGACAUCAGUGCCAAUUGACAGCACCAUUCCACUUGAUGCUGCUUCUGUCUUUACAAGUGCCGGGACUAGUGAUCCUAUUUGGAUACCCAGUGCAUCUCCUUUCCCACCUGUCCUCUCACCUGUCUCGAUGGAAGCAGGUCGGAUAGUGGACCAAGCCCAAUGGCAGACCUAGAACCCCAGGAACCACAGCUCAUUUGGAAGAAUUAUCCCGAGUACCGUAUCAUCCAGCGGCGCCCAAACGAUUAUGAUUAUAGAUUAUUUUAUUUUCCACGGCUGUUAUAUUUUGUUAUACCUGCAACAUCUCUUUACUACAUACGUGAGAAUAUCCGUAUCUGGUGAGCAGGAGUGUUGUCAUGCGCCACGGAGUACCAGUACAUAUUGAUCCAGAUCUCAGGGUAUCAAGAAAGCCACAUAUGUAACGUUUGUUUAUAGAUAAGAUGGGUGGAAUCGGUCCUUUUUUGCCAAAUU